AUAAGGGGGUCAGUCAUGUUAGUUUUUAAAAAUAGAAAAGGAAGGGGGGGGGGGUCCCUGCAGAGGGGAGGGAAGCUCCCGCCAUUGGCCUUGGAGCAGCCACUUGUGAAUGGAACCCAGGAGUCCUGGCGUGCAGCUGGGACUAGCACCAUCCCCUGCCCUGAAGUGUGUUUGCAAAGGGCUGCACGGGACCUGUCUGCUCAAAGACUGGCUUCCUGGGCUCGAAGUGUUAUCAGCACCUCUGACCCUAGCACAAAGAUCAGUGGGCAGCUCUCUCCUCGUCUCUUCCGCAAGCUGCCUCCAAGGGUCUGCGUCUCCCUGAAGAACAUCGUGGACGAGGACUUCUUAUGUGCAGGGCACAUCUUCCUCGGCUUCUCCAAAUGCGGGCGGUACGUCCUGUCUUAUACCAGCAACAGUGGUGAUGAUGACUUCUCCUUCUACAUCUACCACCUCUACUGGUGGGAGUUCAACGUUCACAGCAAACUGAAGCUGGUGCGCCAGGUUCGCCUCUUCCAGGAUGAAGAGAUCUACAGUGACCUUUAUCUGACCGUGUGCGAGUGGCCCAGCGAUUCCUCCAAGGUCAUUGUCUUCGGUUUCAACACACGCUCCGCCAAUGGCCUGCUCAUGAACAUGAUGAUGAUGAGUGACGAGAAUCAUCGGGACAUUUACAUCAGCACGGUGGCCAUGCCCCCCAUCAUGCACUGCCCAGGCUGCAGGGACAUGGCUCUGGCACAUCCAGGUGAUCCACAUGCUCACUGCCUACAGCAUGGCUUCAUGCUGCACACCAAGUACCAGGUGGUCUAUCCCUUCCCCACAUUCCAGCCAGCCUUCCAGCUCAAGAAGGACCAAGUGGUAUUGCUCAACACCAGCUACUCGCUCGUGGCCUGUGCAGUCUCCGUGCACACUGCAGGUGACAGCAACUUCUGCCAGAUCCUGUAUGAUGGGAGGAAUCGGCCCCCACCCCUGCACAGAGGGGCCUGCGGGCCUGCCAAUGCCACGCCAUGCCCUGCUGGCAUAGAGGACCGGGUUGAGAGGGACAGCUGCCCAUGCUGGAGUGCUGCCACAGCUGCUCAAAGAACCUCCCUUGCCAUGGAGAGCCACACCAAGCCUGCAGAGCUGUCACCAGCUGUGGCCAGGGCCAAGGAGUUUGUGGCUGAUAUCUUCCGGCGAGCCAAGGAGGCCAAAGGGCCAGUGCUGGCAGAGGAGGAAGAUGGGGGUGCCGGUGCUAGGUUCGAGUGCCAACCUGCCCAGGAAGCUGGGCCUUGCGGAGCCCUGCUGCUGGGCACCCCCGCUGGAGCCUCCUGGGAGGCAAAGCCAGGUGCAGGACUCGUUGGGGACUACUGCCACCUGCACCACAGCCCAGUGUCCACACAGGGAGAAAGAACUCCUGAUGGGGAGUUCUCCCCUAAAGAGUGUCCCCUGCCUGGAGCAGAAAUGGAUAGCCAGCCAGCUGAGCCAGGCUACGUGAACUACACCAAGCUGCGCUAUGUCUUGGAGCCUGGGGACCUCUCAGAGCCAGAGGAUGAAUAUGAGGAUGACAAGAUCUCGCUGCCCUUCGUUGUCACUGACCUGCGGGGCCGGAAUCUGAAGCCUUUGAAGGAGAGGGCCAUAUUCCAGGGCCAGUACCUGACAGUGGAGCAGUUGACCCUGGACUUCGAGUACGUCAUCAAUGAGGUGAUUCGCAAUGAUGCGGCUUGGUCCCACCAGUUCUGCUCCUUCAGCGACUAUGACAUUGUCAUCUUGGAGGUGUGCUCCGAGACAAACCAGGUGAUCAUCAAUAUUGGACUCCUGCUCCUGGCUUUCCCCUCCCCUGAUGAAGAGGGUCAGCUCAGACCAAAGACUUACCACACCAGCCUGAAGGUGGCUUGGAACCUCAACACGGGCACCUUCAUCACUGUCAGUGUGGGCGACCUCACUGAAGUUAAGGGGCAGACCAGUGGCAGCGUGUGGAGCUCCUACCGGAAAAGCUGCGUGGACAUGGUGAUGAAGUGGCUGGUACCAGAGAGCAGCGGGCGCUAUGUCAACAGGAUGACGAAUGAGGCGCUUCACAAAGGCUAUUCACUGAAGGUGCUGGCGGACAAUGAGCGCUACACAUGGAUCGUCUUGUGAGCUGGAGAAGGGCAGGGGCUCGGGAUGGGCCCCACUACCCUCUCUGCUCUCCUGCGGGACCCAGCUACCUCCCCGCACCCAGCGGCUCCCUCCUCUGCGUCUGUCUGACCUCUUGUCCACCCAAGCCUUGUGAGGGCGGUGGCAGAGAGGUCCUGUCUUCCUCCAGUACCUGCUGACCCUCCCGGCUUGGGGAUCAGUAAGACACUGGGGGGGGGUGGGAUAUGAGGCUAGUGCAUCUCUGCGAGAGCCUGGUCAGGGCCAGCCCCAGGCACCUCCCAUACUGCUGACCCGUUCCCCUUUCUGCCUGCCAGGGGCAUGCCCCAGAGCCAGCUGCCAUUGGAGCAAGAGGCGAAAUGAUGGGCUUCUGGGGUCAGUUAGGUCCCCAACAUAGCUCUAUGCAGAGCUGGUCUUCGCCCCCAUGCUCCCAGCCAAGCCCUGGCUCCCAGUUCCGGUCAGUGUUGCAGGCACUUUCUGUCCCUUCUCAGUGGAGGCUGUGUUGUCCUCAGAGUACAGAUCACCCCCCUCCACUCCCCUCCUCGCUGCCCCCUUGGAUUGGUUUCUCUUCCAAUGGGUUCUUGUUGCUGUAAUAAAUGUUCCAAUUUCCAAG